UUGGCAUUAAACGGUUUCCCAUCUGCCACAUUUAAUGCCCCGAACCAUGAAUCACUGAAACUAUCAUGUACGGCUGCGCUCGAAGAAAAGCCGUUGGAUCCUUCUGCGCGUUUGUACCGCUUAAAAAAACAGAUUGACGCUUUGGAGCAGGACAACUUCCAAGAAGACCCUCACGCAAAUGUCACUUGGCAUAAAAAAAUUCCCAAGUUUGACGAUGAAACGGGCGACACCUCGCAGCAUCUUUCGGGUACGCUUCGAACGUCGUUUUCACGUCGCAAAAAAUUGGAACAUAUUAAAAAGCUAAAGAAAUCAUUUUCUGCGAUGCUUGCAGAGGAAAAGUUGGUAGAUGAGCCAAACUACUUUUCGUGUCAGGCACCACCGAGUAAAUUCCCCGCUCGCCGUUUUUGUGCCGUAUGCGGCUUCAAGGCGCAAUACGUUUGUAUGCGAUGCGGUGCUCGUUACUGUUCCUUGCGUUGUCUAGGCGUUCACAAAGAUACGAGGUAUUUCAGUUGUACCGAGAGAUGA